GGUGAGGAUUAGAGCUUUUUCUACGCCUAGUCUCCGACAGCAGGUCAUGCUGUUCCCGUGCUCCGACAAAAACCUCUUUAAUUUGGUCCAGCACACUUAACAGUUAACAAUACUAGAACGACAUCGUUUUGUUCUUCGCUUUUAUAUAAGGCAACGCUUAGUCAAGAGAGGCACAGAGAAACAGAGUGGGAGAGGGAGGGAGUGAAAAUGACGUCUCUGAGUCUUAGAGCAAUGGCUACGGUGAUCUUGAUCUCGAUCGCCAUGAACGGAAAAUCGGAGUCCCACGAACUCCGGCCGUCGGAUCACGGUCUGGGGUACCAGAAUUCGUCGCCCGCGGGAGAGAAGUCGUCGUCGUCGUCGUCGUCGCCGCCGGAGAUGAAGUCGUUUUUUGGGGGAUCGUCGUCGCCCACGUCGACCUCUUCCAACGUGGCAAUGCCGAAGGCCAUGGAUUCCAACUCCACCGACGACCCAGACGACACGUCGUGGUGGUCCACCGUCGGCCGGCAUGACAACGGGCACAAAGAUCGCGUGCGGGCCGUGCUGCUGGUGGCCAGCGUGGCGUGCGGCGUGACAGGUGUCGCUUUGUUAGUGGCCUCCGCUUUGAUUUACAUCUUCAAGUUCCGACGACAAAGAUCACCCACCACCACCACCACCCCACCAGCACUGCCGCUGCCGCCGCCGCCGCCACCAUACCAUGACAACGACAACAAGUUACAGAUAGUGGUUCGUGAAUAAUUCUUGCUUUUUCUUCUUACGUUUUUUAUACGUCUUUCUUCCACUUUAUGUAAAGUGAAUGACGUAUAACGCAGAAAAAAACUUCCCCACCUUUUUAAUUUAUAUAUUUAUAAGAUGAGUGGACUUUUUUUUUCUUU